AUGUCUUUUGCGCACGCCGAUCUAGAGCCCAAACCCGGACCUGAUAUCGUCAAUGCACCCCCAUCCCUAUCGGAAAAUGAGUAUUCUCCGGGAGUCCAUUACACAGAGAUGGACGCGCAAAGGAUGAUGUCCAAUGAUGAUGAUAUGAUAGAUCCAGCAACACCCAGAGACUCUGAGCCUGCGUCCGAGGCGGAUUCCCUCAAGGACGUUCUACCAAGGGAUAGACAGCAGAAAACACCAACCUACGAUUAUGCGUAUGAGAAGUCCAUGAGCCAUACUGAAGCUAAACUCUUCUAUCGGCAUCACCAACUGAUGUCGAGAGGGCCUGAAGGUGACCGAUCUUCAAGCAAUGCAUCCAGAAAUCAUCAUUCUACUUCGAACAUUGUUAGUACGCCAAGUGAUGCAGGAUUCGCAAAUGAAGUCAAAGACGACGGGAACCGAAGAGCUAGCAGCACUACACCAAGUAGCAUCACAGGCCAACCACUGAUUAGCGAAAAUUUUACUGUACCCAUAAUCCAACCUGGCAGUAUUGGCUCCUCCCAUGAGGCACCUCUUAGAACCUUCGACAGUCACGAGGGUGACUCGGAAGCUGGCAGUGGGGAUGAGAAUGCUUCGAAAGCUCAUUUUCCAGCUGAGCAACUAGGCAAUCAUCAAGGAGCAGCGCAGGUUGCAGCUGAUGGAAACCCGGUUGCUUCUGAGUUGAACGUCAUCUGCCGCAAAUUGUGGGGGUUGCUUGAUCGACGAUCAAAGUACAUCGGGUUAUCACUUCAAGGCCCCGAAGACAACCCAAAGGAUAAUCUCGCCUGGAAAAUCUAUCCACCUCCCCCGGAACCGGCAUGGGACGGGGGUAACGAACCCGGGAAAACGAAUGACUAUCAGCCUACGGAGCAGAAACAGAGGAAAAUGGGACAAAACAUUGGUGAAGACUUCGACAUGGCAGAGUGCUUCCCUCUUCCGGCUGAGUCUAGCUGGGUUUACAAGCUAGACCACAACAGUGUGUACCAGGUGUAUGAGAGCGACGAUGCUGCUGGCCGCAAUCAACCGGUCGUCCCGAUACCAUCUUUGCGGGAUUUCUACAUGGACCUUGAUGCAGUAAUUGACAUCUCCACCGACGGUCCCGCAAAAAGCUUUGCAUUCAAACGGCUUUCGUAUUUGGAGGGCAAAUUCCAACUGCACACAUUGCUAAAUGAGUACCAGGAGAUGGCAGACAGCAAGAAAGUCCCUCACAGGGACUUCUACAAUGUUCGCAAAGUUGACACUCACGUUCAUCAUUCAGCAUGCAUGAACCAAAAACAUUUGCUUCGAUUCAUAAAAAGCAAGAUGAAGAAGUCUCCAGAUGAGGUGGUGUUGUUCAGAGACGGGAAACAUUUAACCCUGAAGGAGGUCUUUGAAAGUAUUAACCUGACGGCUUAUGAUUUGAGUAUCGAUACCCUCGACAUGCAUGCACACACGGAUUCAUUUCACCGGUUCGACAAGUUUAACCUCAAAUAUAACCCUGUCGGAGAAUCUCGACUGCGUGAGAUAUUCCUGAAAACUGACAAUUAUAUCAAAGGACGCUAUUUGGCGGAGAUUACCAAGGAAGUCAUGUCAGACUUAGAGUCUAGCAAGUAUCAAAUGGUAGAAUGGCGCAUUUCAAUAUACGGCAGGUCCAUUGAAGAAUGGGACAAACUUGCCGCCUGGGUUGUGGAUAACAAGUUGUUCUCACCUAAUGUUCGUUGGUUAAUCCAAGUGCCUCGACUUUAUGACGUUUAUAAGUCGAGUGGCAUGAUGGAAAAUUACGAGCAGGUAAUCACAAAUGUUUUCAAGCCACUAUUCGAGGUCACCGAGAACCCAUCGAGUCAUCCGAAACUUCACAUUUUCCUGCAACGCGUUGUUGGAUUUGACAGUGUCGACGAUGAGAGCAAAGCAGAGCGACGACUAUACAGGAAGUACCCCAUCCCUAAAGAAUGGAGUACGAAACAGAAUCCGCCAUACACCUAUUGGCUCUACUUCAUGUUCGCAAAUAUCGCGUCUCUCAAUAUAUGGCGCAAGCAACGCGGAUUCAAUACAUUCGUCCUACGGCCACAUUGUGGCGAAGCAGGAGACCCUGACCACCUCGCAGUUGGGUUUCUCUGUUGUCAUAGUAUCAGUCACGGGAUCCUUCUCAGAAAGGUUCCUUUGUUGCAGUAUCUUUACUAUCUUGACCAAAUUGGAGUUGCCAUGUCACCAUUGAGUAACAAUGCGCUCUUCCUAACUUAUGACAAGAACCCAUGUGCAAGCUUCUUCAGGAGGGGCUUGAACAUAUCUUUAUCCACUGAUGAUCCAUUGCAAUUCGCAUUCACCAAAGAACCCUUGAUCGAAGAGUACUCAGUUGCUGCCCAGAUCUACAAGUUUAGUGCUGUGGAUAUGUGUGAGCUCGCGAAGCAUUCUGUUGAACAAAGUGGAUUCGAACUUCCUUUGAAAAAGAGGUGGCUUGGUUCAAACUGUCACCUCCCAGGCGUUGCAGGAAAUAAUGUUGCAAAAAGCAAUGUCCCCGACAUUCGAGAAGAAUUCCGUCACGAAACAUUAGUUCAAGAGUUGAAACUUUUUAGGAUCGGCCGGUAUUACACUCGCAUGCCCGGCGAACUUACCACUCCAGCCAAACAACAGAAUAUAGACGAGAUCAAUUUUACACCUUCAUCACCGAUCUCACAUAAGGGCAACGAUGUAAAUCACGCUGUGUCCAAGGGGGCGAAUCAAGUGGUAGAAUACCCACCGAAUUCUCCUGAGUCCAAAGUGAUGCCUUUCACCGGGCCGAAAAUGCAAGGCAUUGCGGGAGAAUGUGGCAUAAGUCCUAGUCCAACCCCUCUCCCUCCAAGUGCUUUGCUUGGAGAAUCUGCUCCUUCGAUCAGCGGUACUGGUUCUGUGGGUGCAACUGUAGCCAGGCCCGAUGAUCUGCCAGAACAAACAAUCUUUCCUGGAAUCGUCCAUGAAAGGGCCCAGAGGACCAAUAUUCCAACGCAAAAUUCAGCUGGGAAUGAUCAAGACCAUGGAAUCUCUGACCACGGCGAAUUCCCGGGUGAUGUCUCGUGAAUCUCCACCAGGGUGGAAUUCUGAACGUUGACAAGGGUCAAAAUCAGAGCAGGCAAAAAACAUCCAAUAGCGAAUAGUGGAUGAUUUUUACCAGGCAUUGCUAUCUUACGGACUAUGUGAACAGGACAGAAAUAAGUGCCUACUUAAUGAGAUUCAAUUGCCUCUGAUAACCCACAAUAUAUUGGAUGAUUUUCCAUAUAAUCAGCACUCUUCGCGUUCAACGUUUCAUCUUCAAACAUGGAAAAAGGCCAGCAAGUCAGCGCCCAUGUAAUUUAUCCCAAGGGCAUGCAUGGACUAAAAGUCUCCAAAUUACUUUUCGAGGCCACGGGAACAAACAAUCCACAGCAGUGGUUCAAAUGCCAAAAACCUGGUGACUAGCACCAAGGUCUUUUAUGAUUACCUGAUGAUCUUGCAGAAUAU